AUGGCCGAACACUUUAAAGAAAGAAGUAGAUGUCUUGUGUGCCUGACCUACCUGGAGACGCCCAUGUACCUGAAAUGUGGCUAUGUCUGCUGCCUGCGCUGCAUGGAUUCACUGCAGAAGGAGCCCAACGGGCAUGGUUUACUGUGCCCCUCCUGCUCCGUGGUCUCUCAGAAGGAGGACAUGAGGCCCGGUACCCAUCUUGGGAGGCUGGUUUCAAAGAUCAAGGAGCUGGAGCCCCAGCUGAGAGCCACUCUACAGAUGAACCCAAAGAUGCGCAAGUUCCAAGUGGAGGUGACUCUGGAUGUGGACACCGCCAACCACCACCUUAUCAUUUCUGAGGACCUGAAGAGUGUCCACUGUGGGUAUUCCAAACAGAACCGGAGCGCCCGGCCUGAGAGAUUCGACUAUGCCAUCUGUGUCCUGGGCUCCCCUGGCUUCCCCUCUGGCCGCCACUACUGGGAAGUGGACAUGGGGACGAGCAAGGAAUGGGAUGUGGGUGUUUGCAGAGACUCUGCUAAGCGACAAGGGCCAAUUCUACUGUCCUCAGAACUUGGCUUCUGGACAGUGGGCUUGAGGAAUGGUGAUCUCUUCCAAGCCAGCACCAUGCCUGUGACUGUUCUCUCAGUAAGCCCUCGCUUACACCGAUUAGGCAUCUUCCUGGACAUGAAUUUUGGCACUGUUUCCUUUUAUCACAUUAGUGAUGGAUCCCAUAUUUUCACCUUCACUGGCAUUCCUGCUGUGGAGCUGCUGCGUCCGUUUUUUGCUCCUGCGAAUCCGUUCACGGAUGGUCAAGGCUUCCUGAGAAUCUGUCCUGUAAUGAAUCCAGGCAUUGUUAGCUCUCCAGUGGAUUCUGAUACAGAACACUUCUAGAGAAUUCCCGUGUGCUCAGAGCCGGAGCUGGGACCUUUCUUGCUUGUUACAUGGACUGUACAAGGGGCAGCAGACAAACAUGGAACAGUCAGAGAAUCAUGAACACUGAGAUAAAGGAGAAGUAGAUAUCAAACAUUAAGUAUCACCACAGUAAAUCUCCUUUGGGACUUCUCAUAUUUCUGUUCCAAUGAAUGGGCUCUGGAUUUUCAGAUCAAUCUCCAAAUGUUUUUACUUUCUGCAAUAUUAACUUAAUGUGUGAUGGAGGUUAUAAACUUUAAAAAUUGGGGAUCCCUGGGUGGCACAGCGGUUUGGCACCUGCCUUUGGCCCAGGGAGCGAUCCUGGAGACCCGGGAUCGAAUCCCACGUCGGGCUCCCGGUGCAUGGAGCCUGC